GGCCAUUUUGCGGCGCGAUGAGGCGGGAGCGGCGGUGAGCAGCGCCCGUCCCGCCCGCUCCGCUCGCACCGCCGGGCACGGCCCUCCCGAGGGCGAGCAGGCACAGCCAGGGGACAGCGACACCCCCAGCGCCCCCCGCCCGCCCCUCAGCGCCGGCGGAGCCAUGAGCUGGGGCACGGAGCUGUGGGACCAGUUUGACAACUUAGAAAAACACACGCAGUGGGGUAUUGAUGUUCUGGAAAAGUACAUCAAGUUUGUAAAAGAAAGAACAGAGAUUGAACUCAGCUAUGCAAAGCAGCUUAGGAACCUUUCAAAGAAAUACCAACCCAAGAAGAACUCCAAAGAGGAGGAAGAAUACAGGUACACAUCAACUAGAGCCUUCCUAGCCACUUUAAAUGAAAUGAAUGACUAUGCUGGACAGCACGAGGUCAUCUCAGAGAACAUGACCUCUCUGAUCACUGCAGAGUUAACCCGCUACGUGCAGGAGCUGAAACAGGAGAGGAAAUCGCACUUCCAUGAUGGCAGAAAGGCACAACAACACAUUGAAACUUGCUGGAAACAACUUGAAGCAAGUAAAAGGCGGUUUGAACGUGAUUGCAAAGAAGCUGACCGAGCACAGCAGUAUUUUGAGAAAAUGGAUGCUGACAUCAACGUGACAAAAGCAGAUGUUGAAAAGGCAAGACAGCAAGCCCAGCUAAGACAUCAAAUGGCAGAAGACAGCAAAGCUGAAUAUUCUUCCACCCUACAGAAGUUCAACAGUGAGCAGCAUGAGCAUUACUACACACACAUACCAAACAUCUUCCAGAAAAUACAAGAGAUGGAGGAAAGAAGAAUCGUGAGGAUAGGAGAAUCCAUGAAAACCUUUGCAGAAGUCGACCGCCAAGUGAUCCCCAUCAUUGGGAAGUGUCUGGAUGAGAUAACAAAGGCUGCAGAAUCAGUGGAUCACAAGAAUGAUUCCCAGAUGGUAAUAGAAGCCUUUAAAUCAGGGUUUGAGCCCCCGGGAGAUGUCGACUUUGAGGAUUUCACGCAGCCCAUGAAGAGGACAGUGUCUGAAUCCAGCCUUUCCAACUCCAGAGGGGAUGGGAAGUCAGAGCCCAAGUUCGGUAGCAAAUCCAAGGGCAAGUUAUGGCCAUUCAUCAAGAAAAAUAAGCUUAUGUCCCUUUUAACAUCCCCCCAUCAGCCCCCUCCUCCUCCCCCUGCCUCUGCCUCACCCUCUGCUGUUCCCAACGGCCCCCAGUCUCCCAAGCAGCAAAAGGAACCCCUCUCCCAUCGCUUCAACGAGUUCAUGACCUCCAAACCCAAAAUCCACUGCUUCAGGAGCCUAAAGCGCGGGCAGACACAGUCUUUGUAUAUUCACAAAGAACUCAUGAAGAGGACUUUAGGGACACCCACGUGUGCCGUUGAGGCUAGGGAAUAUGUUCUUUCUCUCAAGCUGGGAGCAGGCCCAGAAGACUUCAGCAAUCUCCCACCUGAGCAAAGAAGGAAGAAGCUUCAGCAAAAGGUCGAUGAACUAAACAGGGACAUUCAGAAAGAGAUGGAUUCAAGAGAUGCCUUAACAAAGAUGAAAGAUGUGUACAUCAAGAACCCCCAGAUGGGAGAUGCAGCCAGCGUGGACCACAGAUUGGCAGAGCUUGGGCAGAACAUUGAAAAGCUGCGAUUAGAAGUUCAGAAAUUCGAGGGCUGGCUGGCGGAGGUGGAGGGGCGGCUGCCGGCGCGGAGCGAGCAGCCCCGGCGCCAGAGCGGGGUCUACGAGGCACAGAACCCGUCAGGAGUGAACAGCUGUGCCCAGGACCGGGAGAGCAGCCCCGAUGGCAGUUACACAGAAGAGCAAAGCCAGGAGACUGAGAUGAAAGUACCUGCAACAGACUUUGACGAUGAGUUUGAUGAUGAAGAACCACUACCCACCAUAGGAACGUGUAAAGCUCUCUAUACAUUUGAAGGCCAGAAUGAAGGAACAAUCUCUGUAGCAGAAGGAGAGAUGCUCUAUGUAAUAGAAGAAGACAAAGGGGACGGCUGGACGCGGAUCCGAAGGAACGAAGAUGAGGAGGGCUAUGUCCCCACGUCCUAUGUUGAAGUCUAUUUGGACAAAAAUGCCAAAGAUUCCUAAAGGUGUUUGUGCUGGUGCAAGAACCUCGGGGCGAGCUUGUCACAGAAGGAGAAACAAAAUGGUCUGUUUACCCUGCAGGCAAUUAAAACACACCCAUGGAAAGCCAGACUCCCACUCUUGUCUGGAGUUCCCACUUGAAAAAUUCAGACCUAAAUUCCAUCCCAGUACCAUUCAGAUGCUUGCUCUUUUCCAUGGCAUGCUACUUGUGGCUUGGAUUUCCUUAUCAGCCUCUCCCACUCUUCUGCCAGCCUGGCACAGCCCCUCUGUCAAACAUAACACACACUUCUCCCAGCCCAGUCCCUCCCAACCUCUGUCAGAGAUCUGCUGGCUGCCCUUGGAUAGCCAGAGAGUCCCAAGCAUGUUCUGGUCUGUCUUCUGUCCCUUGUCCCUCAGUCCAUCUGGAUGUGCACACUGGUCCAUCAGCAUUUCACACGGUGCCUUCAGUGCUGAACCUGCAGGUCCUCUCACCAGAGCGUGGGAAGGAGGUGGAAAACCUCCCCUGGGACAGUGUUACAGCAGCUGGACUGGGCUCUCAGUCUGUCACUAUUAAAUCUGAUCCACAUGCAUCAUUCGACAUUCUGCCUUCCCCAAAAGGUCACUAAUACUUGUCAGCCUUUAUUUCUCUUUUUCCAAAUCCAGGCUGAUGCUCAUUCCAGGUAUUAAACCCCUCUGACCCUGCUGUUUCCUGAAACCCUUCAAGCUCACGUAUGUACUUGUUUUCCUGCUUGUUCUGUCUGCCCCUCCUGUGUCCCUGCUGUUCCUCACACACACACAGACACACACAGACAGUGACAUUUUGGUUGGCAGCCCUUGCUGCUGCUCACAGGCCCUGUUUGGCUCUGGUUUCAGCCUGCAUGCUCGCCCUGUUGCCUUGCCUGCGCCCACCUUCCUCAGGGUCACGUUAUUUUGUGGCUCGUGGUUUAAUCUCUCUGCAGUUUUCUUUUGGUUGGUUUGUUUUUCAGCAUUUCAGACCUGCCUUCUCUUUUUGCAUGACCUCCUGUGCGUUCUCAUCACUUCAUGUUGGAAUAACAGAGGUUUUUUAGAUAAAUAAAAGAGGAAAGAAAAAAAAAAAAAAAAGAAACUGCACUGUUUCCUUCUCCCAUCUUGUCAUGGACUGGACCUGGACCCAGCAGCCAGACAGGAAUUGUGACCACCCUGCUCUCACAUGGUUUGGUUUGAAGCAGAAGCAGGAUAAGUGAUUCUGCACUUUAUCAUGUCAUGCAGUGGUAAGAGAGCUACAAUAUCUCCAAAAAUCACACAAUCUGGACUUCAACUGCCUAACAAAGGGUUAAUUUCCUCUCUAAACUUCUACAAACUUCUAUAUUCUAUCUUGGUUUCCCCUGAAUUGUUACCAUUGCUUGGGUUUUGCAGUCAUGGACAUAUUUGAGGCUUGCAAGAAUCAGUUGCCACUAAAUAGCUCCUGAGGGCCAAAUAAAUUCAUGGAUCCACCCCUUGUUGGGGGAAUCUACUGGCUCUUGUCCAACUCCAGCAUAUUCUGUACAAUCCCCACAAGUUGAGAAAUGUUACAUGGAAGCCACUAUGGGCAGUGACCCCAAAAUGAAACCUCUCAGGGUUUGUUUGCAGGCAGGUGAGUGUUGUUCUGCUGCCUGCUGGGCUGUCCUGCAGGGUCAGCACAUCAAAACACAUCCCAGAAUCUCAGACUGUCCGUGUUGGGAAUGGCCUGGGCUGUCCCCAUGAGGGAUGAAGUGAUUGAAGUGAUUUUUGAGCAGGGUUAUGUGUGGUGUUCAUAGUUCUGUCCCUUUCUCUCCAUUGAAGAUGCCAACUUUUGUUUUUACAAAGUCCCUUGGUGCUACAGUUAUCCUGUAGCUGUUGUGUGAUGGUGCUUAAGAGCUGCCAGCAUGAACCAGCAGAAGGUUUGUGAAUUAAACCCAACCCAAAUGUGCUGAGCACAGGCAGCACCAAUGCUGGGGCUGUUCUGCUGCAGCACUGGAGGGUCAGAACCCACAAAUCACUGCCUCAUCAGGGCUGCUGCUGUGGUCACUGAGCUGUUCUGAUCAAGAGCAGAACGGGAUCCCCUGGUUGGCACCUGUGGCUUUGUGCAAAGGCUUUGUGGUCUCCACCUGCCAGGAGAUCUAAAGGGUUGAACAAUUAACAGGUGUGCAAAAAUAUCAUUAAAAUAUUUUUAGCUGCAGUAUUUUUAUUCUCGUGUCCAAUGCACUAUUGAAUCAGCAGCUAAGAAUUCAUUUUCACCUAUUGUUGUGCCAUCUAUGUAAAAAUUAGAUCAAAGUUUGCUUUUCUAUAUUUAAUCUGGGUGGACAGUAUAUUAUUGUCAGCCUCUGUGGAACAUUGGAACAAUUGCAAUGUCUGUGUUUUGAAAUUGUGCUGUAGAAGGAGCAUUAGCUUUAGCUGACUGAUUGAUUCCUGAAGUUUUAAUAAAAGACCAUGUAUGGAGUUUUUAUAAACUUGGCAAGUAGUUCCCAAAAGCCUGGAUCUUAAAACUUAUUUAAGAAAUAGUCACAGUCAUAUCUCAUAGUCUGCACAUGUUUAUUCUGCUGCUGUUAUUCAGGGUAAUGAAUAAUUUUUGUAGAAUUUACCUUUGGCAAACGCUGAAGAACUAAAUGUGUGACUGGUUUAUAAAAACUCUGCUUGGAUUUACUAAUCUUGCCCAGCAGCGUGGACUGUACAUCCUAUGAAAUUUCACGAUCCCCAGCAAAAGUCUCUAAUGCCCUUUCUUAACACCUGUAAAUAGAGAAGAAACAUAUUUACUGAUACUCAAAGUUGUGUUUAAUGCUGAGUAUUUUUCAGAAGUUCAUUUAAUUUGAUGCAUAUUGUUCUUUGGUUUUUUUGUUUUCCUGCCUGAAAUGUCAGAAGACCUAAAAGAAGCCAAAUUCUAUUUUAACAUGAUGAUGUCGAGCACUUUUUUAUUUGUAUAUGUGUGUGUAUGUGUGUUUGAGCACUGAUCUCGAGAUCUCGGUGGCAUCUCAGUGUUGUGAUUUCAUUGCCAAUGUAAAAGGUUCUGGUGUUGCCCAUUCAUUUCUGGAGACAGAAUUCAAUCAAAUAAAGUGCUUCCAUUUGAAAGCGAAUAUUGACCUUGUAGCAAUGAAACAAAGUCAUCUGCAUAUUUAAAUAAACAUUUAAUUCCAGAAA